UCCCCACAAUUCCUCUCCGCCACUCCACUCCCCGAACCAUCGCAAGAUCGUCGUCGUCCUCCUCGUCGUCGCCAAGAUGACAGAAUCACCGUUUCUGCCACGUGAGAGGCUUUUUAAACAGCAGCAGUAUUUCCAGAGCUUGAGCAAGCACACUCACCUGAAAGGGCGUCACGACGCGAUCAUCUCAGUCGGCAUCCCCCUUGCGCUCGCUGCCUCGAGCCUAUUCUUGAUUGGUCGUGGUGUCUACAACAUGUCUCACGGUAUCGGGAAAAAGCAGUGACCUUGAGUGGCUUUGCUGUUGGCUCAGUACUUUGACAUGAUAGUGGUUCUUUGAAAGGAUUUUGCUGUUCGAAAGUUAUGAGCCCGUGACGUCUUUUUUAGUUGCACAAAUAAUGCUAUCAAAGUUCCAUCAGUGGAUGCCUUUCUAGUUCUCCUUUUGUUUGUUUUUGUGGGCACCUGAUGUGAGCGAACCUGAUCUGACAGCAAAAAUGUUCAAAUAUCGAAUAUGCGUUCUUGGUAUACGUGUGCCUUUUAGGGAUCAUGCCGUAUUUUACGUUUGAUCUGUA